UUAGGUUAAAUCGGUUCUUGGGGAGAAGCACGCAAGCGCCUGGCCCCCACAGCGCGGCAGACAAGAUUUCACAUCAAUCAAUGCAUCUCCUCCUCCAGCCCGCAAUGCCGCCCCCAACAAUCGUCCGGAAAGAAGAAAGAAAGGAAGAACAAAGCUUUAUCCUCGGCAUAGCGCGCACCACUUUACCCUUUUUUCUAUCCCGGGGGAGUUAAGCAGUACAUUGGCCCCUACUUGAUUGAUCGAUCCAAUUUUCUUCUCCAGGCAAAAUGGAUGGAAUCUAGAUUGCUGGAGCGUAGCACCGAGCGGUGAUUGUUGUCGCCCAAAUUCCCAACUUGGGCAGCCAGCCAGGAAUCCCAGCAGCUCCAAUUGCGCUGCUCGACAGCUCUUAUCUCACUCUUUUUGCCCAUUCCUCUCAAAAGAGAAAAGUGAAAAAAGAGAGCCCGGAUAAAGGAGAGCUCCCGGUUGGCUGCGCUGCUUGCAAGUGGAGAAUCUCAGAAGUUUCUGCCAUAUCGGCAGCUUCCUUACCGGAAUUUGGAUUGACACACAAUCCAUCCAUCCAGAUUUCACUGGAACAAUGCCAAUCAAUCAAUCGACCUCUCUCAGGAUCUCCCAAUUCGAAAAUUUGCCGUCGCGACCCAAGAGCAGCAAUUGCGAAAGGGGACGAGAGAGGUGAAUCUCUCGUUUGUUUUUCUUUCUACCCUCUUCGAUUCUUUCCUCGAUUCGCUCCAGGAGAAGAUCGCCCGAGCACUCUGUUUUUGUACUCGAUGUGUUCUUUCUUCCCCCUUUUCGUUUCGCGCAAACUGUGCCAAGCCGCGAUUUUGGGCCAUAAAGACGCCGUCUUAGCGAUUGAUGGUACGCACUGCAUUGAUUGAUUUCCAGUCUCUCUCUUUUUUCUUUUGCGCCUCUCCCCCAAAAUUUCCCCUUUUUCCCACCAUAGCUGGGAAGAACAGCCAGUACGAACGAACACCAACAAGAACGAACAGAGCUUUUGUUUUCUUUCGGAUUCUUUUCUCCUUUAAAAAAAAAAACUCUCUUUCUCCUCUUUUCAGGCCAAUAUAUUUUAUUUGUUUUCUUCUUUUUUUUCUUGCUUGGCUAGAGCUAUAGGUGUAGACCUGACUUCUCCCUGUGUGCUCUUCCUCUCCUCUCUCGCAAGAAACUCCAGAAAUUCAUGAGGAACGAGACAACAGUGGCAACAGCGACGCCAUCGCCAUCUCCUGCUGCUCCUGCGCCUCGGCCGUUUUACUACUCCUAAUCCAAUUCCGAUCGAUCCAUUCCAAUUCCACUCCUCCUAAAGAACGAAGAAAAAAACUAGUUUUUGCGAGAUCUUAUAGAACCCAAUGGAGAGUGUUGCGAGAGUAAUCUAGUCCCAGGAGAGAAUUCUUAGCGAGGAAGAAGAAAAGGAGUUCUUCUUCGUGCGCUAGAACUCUCUCUCUCUCUCUCUCUCUCUCUGUGGCUCGCUCGCUCGCUCGCUCGCCCAAAUCCUCCAUCCAUGCUUUCUUUCCUCCUCUCUUUCUUGCCGGGCGAAUCGAAAACGCCCUCGCUCGCGGGGGCUCUCGCGUGUGGAUUUUUCGUGAUUGGGAGUUUCCAAAAGAGAUCGUCCAGUUCUCGCCAUUGGCGCCCUAAAUUUCAGUAGGAGAGAGUGCGAGAGCUCUCUGCGAUCGUCUUGUGGGUCGAUGUCAAAUGCCCGGAUCCACUCUCUUUCCUUGCAUUCCCGGGCUUGUUCUUGAGAUGGGAGUGUUGGGUCUUCUUCUUCUCCUCACGAGCUCCGUCCGAUAGACAGACAAAGAUCACCGCACCCUUUGCUCGUGUUCUUCUUUCUCUCUCUUGUUCUUGUGGGAGGACAAAGAUGGUGGGCGUGGACAAGACUGGGAUCGCAAUGCCGCAAGCCAAGGAUUUGGGCAAAUUCCCAGCGGGUCUCCGAGUCUUGGCCGUGGACGAUGAUCCAACUUGUCUCAGGAUCCUCGCGCAGAUGCUCCGAAAAUGCUCCUACGAAGUUACCAUGUGUACGAGAGCCACCGAAGCGCUGUCGUUACUCCGCGAGAACAAGGACAGAUUCGACUUGAUGAUCAGCGAUGUCUUCAUGCCGGACAUGGACGGCUUCAAACUCCUGGAGUACGUUGGCUUGGAGAUGGACCUCCCGGUGAUCAUGACGUCCUCGAACGGAGAAACCGGCAUUGUGAUGAAGGGUGUCAUCCACGGGGCCUGCGAUUACCUCAUCAAGCCGGUCAGGACGGAGGAGCUCCGGAACAUCUGGCAGCAUGUCGUCCGGAAGAAACGCAACGAAGCUCGGGACGUGGAGGCCUCUGGCAGCGUCGAAGAUGGCGGCGAGAGAAAUCACCACCACCAUCACCAGCAGCAGCAGCAUCACUCCUCCCAGCAGCAAAGGCGAGCCUCGACCAUCGACGAGGGAGAGUUUAACUCCGAUGGUGGCGGCGGUGGCGAUCCAAACUGGAAGCUGGCCAAGCGGAGGAAAGACGAUGGCGACGAGACCGCUGAGCAUGACAACGAUGACUCUUCCACGUUGAAGAAGCAGCGCGUCGUCUGGUCGGUGGAGCUCCACCAGCAGUUUGUCAAUGCCGUGAACCAGCUCGGGAUUGAUAAAGCUGUGCCGAAGAAGAUUCUGGAGAGUAUGAGCGUCCAUGGCCUCACUCGCGAGAACGUUGCCAGCCAUCUCCAGAAGUACCGGCUCUACUUGAGGAGGCUGAGUGGUGUCCAGCCUCAAGGCUCUGGAGCAAACGGCCACGCCGUCACCUUUUGCUCGCCUGCGGACGCUUCCUUUGCAGCUCUCAACGCGCUCGGCGAAAUGAGAACACUACCACCCUCGGCACAGUUCCAAAACUCGUCCCCCACUGCGCUCGCAUCUAUCCAAGGCAACCUCGGAAGAACAGGGGCAGCAGCACCAGCAGCAACUUUGGUGGAUCACUCGGUGUUGAUGCAGCUGUCGGGAGCGUCGCCGGUUGCGUCUCAAGGUGGAUGUAGAUACUUCAGUAGCCGGCCCCAAGCAGCGGCCGCCACCACCGUCGUCCCACCGCCGCUCAUGAGCAUUCCAAGCCGGGUGUCCCUGGAUGGCUUGGAACAGGUCUCUCCAAGGAGUCCGGUGGACGAGUUUGCUCUGCACCAGUACGCCUUGGCUAACUCCUCCAAUCGCAGUAACAGCAGUAGUUUGAUGAUCCAGCAGCAGCAAAACGGCGAUCGUCCGUUUGUGACUUCUCCGUCCGCUUCUUCUUAUAGCUCGGACCACCGCCACCACCAUGCUCUUCCUUUCUUCGCCAAGAGCAGCGAGCAACUCGGCGGUGGAUUGCUUAACUUUCAGCAGCAGCAGCAAACUUGUAGUGCCAGUAGUCGCGGCUUUGGAUCGAGGAUGGCCAGCUUGAGCUUGCAGGGUCAGCACGAUGGAUCCGUCUUUGGAGUCUUGCCAGCCAGAUUCGCAGCGGAGCCAGGAACCAGCAGGCCUUACGUUGCUACCGCUGCCAGUGACCAUCGUUUCACGGACCAGGCGAUGGUGGUGGAUCCUGUAAAGGUUGAGGGUGGUAGCGGUAGCGCUAACCAGGAUGAUCUCUUCAGCAUAUUUUUGAAGCAGGCGAGCUGAGAGCGCGAUCGUCCGAAUGUGUAUGUAAUAAACAAGGAAGAGUUUGCCAGAAAAAAAUGUUGUUAUAUUUAUAGAAGCGAGAUAGUGAACUUGCUUAGCUUUACUUCGGCUGCUUCUUGCUUGUCUUUGAGGUGCUCGAGGAGUCGUCCAAUCUGUGAAAUGCAAAUCGUUUAGUAUUCCAAAUGA